AUGGCUCUACUGACAAUCCGGCAUGUGGCGAUUGUAUUUUACCCUAUUGUGGCAGCUUUCGGUGUUCCGGCGAACCUAUUGACAAUGGUGGUCCUCUUCCGAGGGAAAUGCGGGCUUUCUAAAGCCCUGUUUAACUGUGUGACAGUAAGGCGCAUUUUAUUAGCCAGUAAAGUGCGCCGCGGACUGCGCGGUCACAGCAGUCAAACACAGAAGGAUCCGGAGAUGGAAAGCCGCCGGAAAUCCAUCAUUUUACUCUUUAGUGUGUCCGGCAGUUUCAUUCUGUUGUGGCUACCGGUCACUGUGAGUUUUCUGACCACCCAACUGACAGGAACCGCGCAUUACGACGGAGAUUACACCGACUCUGCCUACGUCGCCAAUGAAGCCGGCUACAUGCUGAUGUACCUGAGUUCCUGCACGAACACCUGCAUUUAUACAGCGACCCAGGCUAAGUUUAGAGAAGAAAUGCGGCGGGUGUUAACAUCUCCUUGGACUUUGUUUUCAAUAUUGAUUAAAAGGCACAGCUGCGUUGACACUCAGGGGUCAUCUGGCCGCAGGAGUCUGAAGCUCGGACUGCAGCUCAUCAAUAUGAAGCUGGAGUUUCUCGAGCAACAAACACUUGCUGCAAAUGUAGUCGCCGUGUUCCUCAAUGAGUUCUACCGGUUCCCACAUCUCGCUGCAGUAACACAUCACCUGCUCCAUGCAAGCAACUAG